UGUGCAAAGCUCAGUGAGUCACCGCAGGAAUACAAGGUGCGGUUCUCCCAGAGGCACUAGAAGCCGACCCUGCCUGUUAGCUCUCAGUCCUAAGCAAACGAGAGACCGAGCUAGCACUCACAUCUGCUGCAGCCUACACUACCCCGCGACCAUGUUUAAGUGCGGUAUUGCCUAUCCCAGGUGCAAAUGGAUCUUGCCUCUGCUGCUCCUCUUCGCAAUCAUAUUUGAUAUUAUUGCCCUGGCUGGCAAAGGCUGGGUUGAGACAGAGAGCGGUACUGAAUAUGCCUCGCUGUGGGAAAGAUGCGUCGGUGCAAACAACAACUUGGUGUGCAACUCUAUUAUGGACUAUGCAUGGGGAAAAGCAACAGCAGCUCUUCUGAUCAUUGGAUUCAUCAUCCUCAUAAUCUGCUUCAUUAUCUCCUUUGUUGCACUUUGUGUGCCAAAUAUUGGUUUGCUGAGAGUUAUCGGCGGGCUUCUCCUCUUGGCAGUUAUUCUGCAGAUCAUUGCUCUGAUCAUAUAUCCAGUUCACUUCACCAAUGAUCUAGCAACAAACCAACAAAACUAUCUGUACAGCUGGACCUAUGGUUUUGGAUGGGGCAGCACUAUCAUCAUGUUUGGCUGUGCUAUCUUUUUCUGCUGUCUCCCCAACUAUGAAGAUGAACUUCUUGGCAAUGUGAAGACCAAAUAUUUCUACACUUCUGCUUAAACAAUACGUGCCUAAGACUUCAAUGACAGAAAGAGACUUGUGUCCAUUUGCAAUACUACGUAUAAAGUUGCUAGUCUACUGAACAUAUUCUAUAUAUUUUUUUUUUUUAUUGGAACUUUUUCUAACUUGCCACUUACUAAGAGUUAUAGCAAUUAAAGGGACACUGAUCCCAAUUUUUACUUUCAUGAUUCAGAUGGAGCAUGCAAUUUAGUUUAGAAACCGGCCCAUUUUUGGUUUACAACCUGGGUUGUGCUUGCUGAUUGGUGGCUAAAUGCACCCACCAUUAAUCAAGUGCUGUCCAGGGUACCAAACCAAAAAAGUCUGACUCCUUAGCUUAGAUGCCUUCUUUUUUAAAAUAAAGAUAAGAGAAUGAAGAAAAAUUAAUAGGAGUAAAUUAGAAAGUUGCUUAAAAUUGCAUGCUCUAUCUGAAUCGUGAAAGAAAAAAAUUGGGUUUAGUGUCCCUUUAAGCAGACACAUUUUAAUAAACAUUUUUCUAGAACUGAAUAUAUAUUUUUUAAAUGCAAUAUGGGUACAUAACCUGCUACUAGUUUUUGGUAAAUAAUUGUUAACUCACAUUUUUAUUGUAAAUGUACCAUGAAACUAGAAUUAUAUUGAUAUGAUCCAAUAUGUUUUUAAUUAGAUGUCUUACCUUUUUUUAUUAUAAAAAUAAAGUAAUUUGUUCCUGUAUAAAAGUGUACUAUAAUAACUCGUGGCUAAAUGUCAAGUGUGUUACCUAGUGUAUGUAUUGUUAACAUAAAGAUGUGUGUUAAGUUUGAGAUUAAUUCCUCAAAUAUUCGUUGUUUUCCCUUUAUGAAAAAUAGUGACUUUUAUUAUUAAUAUUCUCCAUGCAGAUAGAAAUACAAAUGUUUGCUACUUUUUUUUACAUUGCUGUUGAAUCUAGUGCUGCCUAAUAUAUUGUAAACAAUUAAAUGCAAAAUGUAGAUUAAAUAAUAAAACAAAUUAAAUCUUAAUGUUUCUACUAAACACAUGGAUUAAGAGCUCAGGUUUGUGUAGUUCAUUGUUAACAUUGUUUGAAGUUAGUGAGGGACCAGCAUGCCAGAUUUUUAUUUUCUCUCAUAGUAAUCUUUUCAUCCAUUUUAAUGUUUUGUGUUCCUAAAGGGAUAUGUUAGCUGAAAGUAAACUGGUGUACAGUUAUAGGGAAGGAAGCUUUGUUGUUGAUGGUUGUUGUGUCUUUGUUGUUUUGCAUUUUACUAUUUACCCACAGCCCUUUAGCUGCAGCAACAUGCAUGUAUUUGUAUGUGGAAUUUGGCACAGUGCGCUGGUAACCCCUGUCUAUUUUUGUAGUGGGGGAGCUGAUCUAACUUUUAUCAUGUAAUAUUAUAUUUUCUUAUAUGUAUUAAACAUAAAGAAAAUGCUCAAUCUCUUAAAAACCAACUCAUAUUUUACUUACGGUAACGGUGUAUGUGCAGAUGUAGGGGAAAUCAAAAUUGCCAAAUCCUGGACAGGGGGUGAUGGUGAUACUAUAGCAUAAAAUUGAAGGUGCAAAUAAGAAAGAAAAAAAUCUCUCUGUUCAGUCCUUUUUUUGGCUGUACAUAUGACACUGGACAUUAGGGGGGAAAUUUAAUUCACUCAAAGCUAGGGUUGUCACCUCACUCAUGUUUUCCUGGACAGUUAUAAGUUUUACUUGCUGCAGGGUGUGCAUGGAGGAACAGCUCUAGUCAAGUGAUGUCCAGAGGCAAAAUGCAUGUUCCUCCCUGCAGCAUGUAUAACUCCUAACUGGCCAGGAAAACAUGGCUGAGGUGGCAACCCUACUCACAGCUGGGGCCGUAAUAAACCACCACCCCUAGAAUUGUCACUGCUUCUGGACCCACUGGGAGCCUUUAUCAGAAUUGUACAGAACGUUUUACUGUUUGUUUCUUCCUAUGGAGACUUGUAUUUGAUAAUGUUUAGUAGGUAAAAGUAAUUAGUUUUCUGCAUUUAUUUUAACUAUACAAUAAUCUGCUUUUAGACUCAAGUGGAAGUUUUAGUUAAUGUAUGUUGGGCGAAUUUACAUAUUUAUCCAGUGUUUUGUUUUUUUUGCGAAGUCCUUAGUUUUCUUAAAAGUAAAUAUGUUGCUUGUUUGACAUUUGCAAUCUAAAGAAAUACCCUCUGCUUUUUACCUUUAUGUAAACCACCAGAUUCUGCCUUUGUUAGAACUGUUUUGGUCACCUCACUGUGCCGUAGUCUGUGCAGCGUUUGGUAUUAGAAAUACAGCAUAAGUUUGCAUUCUCUCAAUAUUUUUUUUUUUUAAAUUGGUGGAAGGUUAUCUUAAACCCUAUGCACUGGAUUAUAUAUCAUUUUGGUGUGUUUUAAUAUGGAGGGUUUUUUUUUGUGUGUGGUUUUUUAGAACAUUUUAGCACUAAUGGAUGACAUCCUACAUGUAUUGUAAUGUUUACUCUACUAAUAAAGUGAUGUAUGUAUGCUCAUGAACUUUACAAGCAUAACCUGCUGAAUGAGUUUUAUUUGAAAAGUGACCAUGCCAAGGUCACCAAUCACCUGUGUAUACUAUAAAUUCUUAUUUAUCUUCCCAUCAAACAAUGGCUGUUAGUCUGUAUUUUAAAGGACAUGAAACCCCCCUUUUUUAUGAUUCAUGUAGAGAAUGCAUUUUAAACCUACGUUCCAAAUUACCACUAUGAUUUAAUUUUCUUUGUCCUCUUGAUAUAUUUUGUUGGAAAACAUACCUAGGAGCAGCAAUUCAUUACUAGGAGCUAGCUUCUGAUUGGUGGUUGCACAUACCUGUAUAUGGCUCUCCUGAUGUGUUCAUCUAACUCCCAAUAGCAAAUUAGGAAGUAGAAGUAAAUUAGAAAGUUGUUUUAAAUUGUAUGCUCUGUCUAAAUUAUGAUUUAUUUUUUGGGUGGGGUUUCAUAUCCCUUUAAUCUUUGCAUAACAAACCUCAUUGUUUAGCUUAAAAAUAUCUGGCACCACCUUUGUUGUUGUGCUUUAUUGCGCUCAUGAACUGGUAACAUUUUUAGUUGUUCCAUAAAUACUUACUAAGCAGUGAUAUGUCAGUCUAACUGUGCAUAAAAGUCCAAAUUAAAUCAUUGAGAUACAGUGUAAAAUGUCCAAUUUAUUUUCAGUAUCAAAAUAUAACUUUUUUUUUUUUUCUCAUGGUAUUACUUGUUAAAAGUUAGUUUAUUUCCAUGAGAGCAUACUGAGGUAAGCUCAGAAGCGUACAAGUGUUUUAUGUGUUAUACAGCACAUGCUUGCUGCUAUGUUUAUAACAAUGUUUAAGAUACAUGCAUAAUCUCAUGAAAAAGAGCUAUUUCAACAAAUAAAAACAAGAUAAUUUGAUAGUGAUUGGAAUUUUUAUACUUUGUGCUCUAUCUAAAUCAUUUUACUUUUGUCGUCCACAAUGACUUUAACAUGGGACUCUAUUCACAAAGAGACGAACUGGAAGUGAAUUGUACGUGAUUUGAAAUCUUUAUCUAUGCAUUACAAAGGGCCAAACCCAGUGAGCAUCUCUUGCAAGAAGAGUUGUUAGCCCUGUAAUUAUGCAUAGUUAAAGGGACACUAAACCCACAUUUUUUUCUUUCAUGAUUCAGAUAGAGCAUGACAUUUUAAGCAACUUUCUCAUUUACUCCUAUAAUUUCUUCUUUUGCUAGCUUUAUUGAAAAAGCAGGAAUGUAAAUCUUAGCAGCCAGCCUAUUUUAGGUUCAGCGCCAUGUAUAGCCCUUGCUUAUUGGUGGCUGACAUUUUGCCACCAAUAAGCAAGCAUAAUCCAGGUUCUCAACCAAAAAUGGGCCGGCUCCUAUGCAUCACAUUCUUGCUUUUUAAAUAAAGAUAACGAAGAAAAUUUGAUAAUAGGAGUAAAUUAGAAAGUUGCUUAAAAAUUGCAGGCUCUAUCUGAAUCCUGAAAGAAAAAAAUUGGGUUUUUAGUCUCCCUUUAAAGUGAUAGGAAAGUCAAAAUUAAACUUGCAUGAUUCACAUAGAGCAUGUAAUUUUAAGACCCUUUUAAAUUCCCUUCUAUUUUCAAAUGUGCUUCGUUCUCUUAGUAUCUCUUGUUAAAAAAAUAAUACACACAUAUCAUACACUAGUGGGAGCUGCUGCUAAUUGGUGCCUGCACACAUUUGUGUCUCUUGUGAUUGGAUAACUAGAUGUGUUCAGCUUCCUGCCAGUAGUGCAAUGCUGUCCCUUCAGCAAUGGACAACAAGAGAAUGAAGCAAAUUUGAUAAUAGAAGUAAAUUGCAAAUUUGUUUAAAACUGUAUGUUCUAUCUGAAUCAUAAAAGAAAAUUUUGUGGUUUACUAUCCCUUUUAAUGCUGUGUACAAUUCAACUAAAAUAGGAGAAUUGCAGGUGAAUUGUAUGCAGCAUUAACCAUGCAAUGCAGGAGAUACUCACUGGGAUUAACCCCUUCAUAAUUUAUAGUUUAUGGCGGGGAUUAAAUGUUUCCGUUCACCUCUUUAUGGAUAGACCCCAUCGUCUUCUGGCACCCAAAGUUAAGUCAAAUAACUCUGCUUAGUAUUUUUAUUAUUUUAUCAUCAACUAUGUAAUACACAAGUUACACACAACUAAAUGACAUGCAGUAACAUUGUUAAAGGGACAUACUACUCAUAAUAUUUCUGUUGUAUUAUAAAUAACAAAUAUAUUUUAAAAUAUUUUGGAAUGAAAAUGGUUAAGCAAAAUGUCUAAAUUUGAAGAGAAAAGAACAGGAAGUGUUUUACUGUGUACAAAUGAGUCCUGGGACUUUUUGCUUACUGGUUGAUAGGGACAACACCUACAGAAAAAAAGUUGGGUUACUCCGCACCAUGGAGCUGUAAUACAUUGGCGAACAUUCUAUUUUAGGUGAAACUGAAAAUAGUUAAGUAUCAUUAGUGUGUUGUAGUUGGAGAGUACAUAAACAGUUAAUUUGCAAAUAAAAUGUAACAGGAUAUAUAAAUGAAAUAUUGCUAUGUAUUUUGAUACCAAAGACAAUUGUGAGGUACAAAAUGACCCUAUUUUUCUGACUUUCAUUUUUAUUAAAAUUUAGAACAAGAAAAAAAAA